UAUCAGCAAGUGCACGACGACUGAUCCAGCCGGACUAGUACUCGGAGGACUCUGAGGACAGACAGCACUUGAGUGGACUUGAUGCAAAGCUGAGCGAAAAGCGGAGAAGCGUACAGAGAAUCAGCGGAAGACUUGACAAAAAAAAAAACAAUAAAUAAAUAAGAAAGAAAUAAGAGGAUUCCUCUCAGUGUGUCUACGAUUUGCGUGAACUCCCUGCGGUUGUUGAGAUGAGUCUGAGCACCAGCGAGAUGGAGGACCUGUGGGAGUCCCUGGGCUACCUCAACUUCUCCGACACCUUUUCCAACAUUUCCAGCGUGGACACCACCGUGUGCGCCACGGCGUUCAACCGCCACGCCCUACUCAACUCCAUGUGCGUCCUCUACACCUUCAUCUUUGUCGUGGGCCUGGCGGCCAAUGCUCUGGUCCUGUGGGUGAACGUUCGCGCCCAGCGGGACUCCACCCCUCGACACGAGACCCACACGUACAUCGCCCACCUUUCCGUGGCUGACCUGUGCGUGUGCGCCACCCUGCCCGUGUGGGUGAUCUCCCUGGCCCAGCACGGCCACUGGCCCUUCGGUGAGGUGGCGUGCAAACUCACACACCUGCUCUUCUCCGUCAACCUCUUCGGGAGCAUCUUCUUCCUGGCAUGCAUGAGCGUGGACCGCUAUCUGAGUGUGAGGCGCCACCGGGAGAACCAGGGCGGCGUGCGCAGGAAGUUCACCCGCCGCGUGGUCUGUGUUGGAGUCUGGCUCCUGGCUCUGGUGGCCUCCUUGCCAGACACCUACUUCCUACGUACAGUGAAGGCCUCACAUGGGGACAGCAUGCUAUGCAGGCCCGUGUACCCGGAGGAGAACCCAAGGGAGUGGAUGGUGGGCGUCCAGUUGAGCUUCAUCCUCUUAGGCUUCCUCCUCCCCUUCCCCGUUAUCACGUUCUUCUACGCGCUGCUGGCCAGAGCCUUCACUCGUACGUCCUCGCCGUCGUCCUCCACGGUAGAGCAGGAGCGUCGCAUUAGCCGCAGGGUGAUCCUGGCCUACAUCGUGGUGUUCCUGGGCUGCUGGGGGCCAUACCAUGCCGUGCUGUUGGCCGACUCGCUCUCCCAGCUGGGCGUGCUGCCUCUCACCUGUGGCCUGGAGAAUUUCCUGUAUGUGGCCAUGCACCUCACCCAGUGCCUGUCCUUGCUGCACUGCUGCUUCAACCCCAUCCUCUACAACUUCAUCAACCGGAACUACCGCUAUGACCUCAUGAAGGCCUUCAUCUUCAAGUACUCCACGCGGACUGGCCUGGCGCGCCUCAUCGAGACAUCCAACGUGUCCGACCCGGAAUACUCCGCAGUCGCCGCUGACAACCCCCCGCAGAUAUGAGGAGCUCUCCGUUAAAGAUUCAUGAUUAAAAUUCCGUCCACCACCAACUGAUGUCAUAUUUGACAUUAAAUGACAUGUACAGACAUUUUCUGCAGCUAUAUCAAAAUAUCCUGUGGACAGGAGUGUAUCACUAUCGAUGGAGUGAUUGCAUAAAAAGCACUUAGUUUUAUUAGUGAAAUCAUGUAUAUACAUGGUUGAUUUUUGUUUUUUGUUUUUUUGUUUUUAAAGCCAAAUCAGUGCGUACAGACCUUAUAUGUGCAAGGUUGAGUAAUGCAGUGUUUCCGAACAUUUAUUAGCCAAUGCACAUAUUUCACAUUAGAAAAUCUCAUGGCACACCACCAAACAAAAACAUUAUCGUGGAAUGAUGAUGAUCAAGUCUCCAUUUACUAAAUUUAGUGAAAAUCUGGCCAAGGUUCUGGCCAAGGUUUAUUGAACACAAAGCUGACUUAUUGUGUUGUAUGAACCGCAACAGGUGGAUACAGAAGUAUAUUGUACCCUUUAUCAUCUAAUGAAAGACCAUUUAAGACAAAUGAAUAACAGAUUUGUAGACAAAAAAUAAUUUUCGGACUCUGUGCUGCUGCUAAGUGGUUGGGAAUCACUGCAUUUGUGUGUGUGUGUGUGUGUGUGUGUGUGUGUGUAUGUGUGUGUGUAUCGAGAGAGACUGGCAGGCAUUGCUAAAACUAUACUAGUGAAAUGGCAUGUUUAAUCAACCUAUUUAUACUCACUUGAACUGUUUGACUUUUGUCACUCACAACACUGCUCUACCGCACUCACAUCUGCCUCAUCCUUUCAGUAUGUCCACUGACUGGCUCCUUGUUCAAGUCCUGCUGUCACACGUUAGGUAUGAAAACCUCAUGGUGUCACCUCAGUUGAAACCUUCAACCAAAGAAGAAACACAUUUACUGUACUUCACCCUAUUUGUUCUUAUCUUUUGGGGCUUGCCGUAACGAUUGAUACUAUCUCUAAAUAGCACAUUAAUGACUCAAGCGCUAAAAUUAAGCCAUCAUGUAGACAUAAAAGGCUCAUAGACGCUAGUUAUCCUGCUUCACUAGCUUUUUUUGUGAGCCUAUGUAUCUAGCUUUGCUAGGCUUUGAUGUGUGUUAGUCUGAGUUUCUUUUUUCACAUUAUCUGCUUUUUUUUGCGAGCCAUGUCUUUAGCAUUGUCAUGCUUUGAUACAGUAUUGUACAAAAAUGAAACCUUUACAUAUAAGCAUGGUUACAUUAGAAAGCCUUUUAUCUUACAAAAGGCUACCAAUUUAGUUGUCCUGCUUCGCUAGCUGCUUCCUACUCUCACCUAUUGUCACGAACUGUGGGUUGUGACCGAAAGAACAAGAUCCGGGAUACAAGCGGCCAAAAUGAGUUUCCUCCGCAGGGUGUCCGGGCUCUCCAUUAGUGAUAGGGUGAGAAGCUCGGUCAUCCCGGGAGGAUCUCAGAGUAGAGCCGCUGCUCCUCCACAUUGAGAGGAGCCAGAUGAGGUGGCAGGGGCACCUCCCACCGGGAGGAGACCCCGGGGACGACCCAGGACAUGCUGGAGAGACUAUGUCUUUCAACUGGCCUGGGAACGCCUCGGGAUCCCCCCGGAAGAGCUGGAGGAAGUGUCUGGGGAGAGGGAAGUCUGGGCGUCCCUGCUAAAGCUACUGCCCCCGCGACCCAACCUCGGAUACGCGGUAGAAAAUGGAUGGAUGGAUACUUCACUAGCCUUUUUCGUGACCCUGUCCUUAGCAUUGUUGCAUUCUGAUGUGUGCACUAGGCUGCUAACUCCUAGUUAGCCUGCGUCUUUAGUAUUACCUUACUGUGAUGUGCGGGCUAAAAUGAAACCAUUACGCAUAUUAAUAGUUACUUUAUGAAGACUCUUAGUUUACAUAAAAUGUUGCUAACUGCUAGUUAGCCAACUUCAUUAGCCUUUUUCUGUUUCCCUUUGUUUUCUGUAUUGCUGCGUAGUGGUGGUGUGUGUGUAUUAGCUAGCUGCUAGUUAACCUGCGUCUUUACCAUCAUCUUAUUGUGAUAUGUGAGCUAAAUUUAAAUCAUUGCAUGUUUAGAGUUUCAUUAUUAAGCCUUUUAUCAGACAUAAAUGACUGCUUACUGUUAGUUAUCCUGCUUUGCAAGCCUGUUAUCUGACAUAAAAUGCUGCUAACCACCAGUUAGCCUGCUUUGCUAGCCGUUUUCCACUAGCCAUCUGUGAUAUGUGUGCUAAAAUGAAACCAUUACGAGCAUUCGUAUUUGCCUUAUGAAGCCUCUUAUCAGACAAUAAAGCUGCUCACUGCUAGUUUGCCCGCUUUGCUAGCCUACAGUAUGUCUUUAGCAUUGCAGAGUUGUGAUACGUGUGCUAAAAUGAAGGCAUUACACAUUUUCAUAUGUAUAACUUAUGAAGCACUUAUCUGACAAAAUGCUGCUAACCGCUCGUUAGUCUGAUUUAGGAAUCCUUUUCUGCUAGCCUGCAUCUUUAUCAUUGCUGCUCUGUGAUGUGUGUACUAAAGUGUAACUUUUAUCAGUGUUCAUGGUUACCUUAUGUUCUGUAGCUUAUUGUUAACCGCUAGUUAUCAUGUUUCACUCACUUGUUUCUGCUAGCCUAUGUCUCUAGCUUUGCUGCGCUGUGAUGUGCUAAAAUGAAACUAUUACAUGUGUUCAUAGUUACCUCGCGAAGCCACUUAUCAGACAUCAAGAGCUACUAACUGGCUUUUUCGCGAGCUUACGUCGUUGGCAUGCUGAGUUGUAUGUGCUAAAAUUAAACCAUUACACGUUUAUAGUUACCUUAAGUAGCCUCUUAUCAGACAAAAGGCUGCUAACUGCUAGUUAGCCCUCUUCGCUAGACUUUUUCUAUUAGCCUGUGACUUCAGCAUAGCCGUGCCAUGAUGUAUGUGGCUAAAUGACCUCAUACCCACAUUACGCACAUAUUAUUGGGUUUUAAAUGACUGCUAGGCAGGUGAGUUUAUUCUUAGAGUCAGCUCUGGCAAAGCGAGCUAGCAUUGUCUGGAGAUAAGGUCAUAAACAGAGUCACGUUUCCAACACUUCCCAUUGAAGGCGUAGCCAAUAAAUAACCCUCACUUGACCCUUUUCUCACAGAAGUGAAAAGCCUCAUAUUAAAGGGUGCGACUGGCCUGAA